UCAGCUCGUUCUCCGGACGCCUAUUGGAUAAAAGCGUGAACGUCACUUCCUUCUUUCUCUUCGUCCUCCGCCAUAGUGGGGAAAGGAUUGUGGACAAAAUGUCGUCCCACAAGACGUUCAGGAUCAAGCGCUUCCUCGCUAAGAAGCAGAAGCAGAACAGGCCGAUUCCUCAGUGGAUCAGAAUGAAGACUGGCAACAAGAUCAGGUACAAUUCCAAGAGGAGACACUGGAGGAGGACCAAGCUUGGCCUGUAAGCACAAGGGUCCCUGGAUCCCAGCGCCCCCCCUCUACCCCAACGUCUGCCAGGAACUCCAGCUGCUGUGCCUGACCGCAGGGAGGGAGCCAUGUUAUCUCGUCAUGUUUGAUAAUAAAAGAUCUGUGAUCAAACUUGAAA